AGAGAGAGAGAAAGAGAGAGAGAGAGAGUCACAACAGUUGGCAGCGUGAGUGCUUGUCUCAAAGAUGCCUCAGAGGUCUUUCUUACUCGAGUCACGUCUGUCUCGACGCGAAUGGAUCCACCUGCGAGCACCGGAGACGCUCAUUUCAUAUGUCUGAAGAUCAAACCUGUCACUGUCACUUCGGGCCGGUGAGCAGAGGUGAAGUCAGCGCAACCGCUGCGCUUUCCUCGCUCCAAUCAAGGUUUUUCAAGUGUGUGAGCCACUUCUCACAAGACUAUGAAGACCACUCGAAAAUGCCGUGCUCUGCUGUCUGUGGGGUUAAAUCUUCUAGCACUUUUAUUCUCAACGACGGCGUUUAUCACGACCUACUGGUGCGAAGGGACUCAGAGGGUCCCGAAACCCAACUGCAGUAAGGAAAGACGGCAUAACUGUAUUGACUAUGGGGUGAACGAGACAGACCCGAGUAAAGUUUACUAUAGCUGGGAAACUGGUGACGACCGAUUUCUCUUUAGGCAUUUCCACACGGGGAUCUGGUACUCGUGUGAGGAGAAUAUCCAUGGAGGAGGUGAGAAAUGCAGGAGUUUUAUUGAUCUGGCCCCAGCAUCUGAGAGAGGUGUCCUUUGGCUGUCAGUUGUGUCUGAGGUGCUAUACAUCAUGCUGUUGCUCGUUGGCUUCAGUCUGAUGUGUCUGGAGCUUUUUCACUCCAGUAGCGUGAUCGAUGGACUCAAACUGAACGCCUUCGCCGCAGUCUUCACUGUGCUGUCAGGUCUUCUUGGAAUGGUGGCUCAUAUGAUGUACACACAAGUUUUCCAGAUCACAGUCAGUUUGGGACCAGAGGACUGGAGGCCUCACACAUGGGACUAUGGCUGGUCUUUCUGUAUGGCCUGGGGCUCAUUUACCUGUUGCAUGGCCGCUUCUGUAACCACUCUCAACUCCUACACAAAAACGGUGAUCGAGUUCCGGCACAAACGGAAGCUAUUUGAACAAGGCCUGCGUGAGGAGCAAACCUUUCUGGACCCAGAGGCCUUCCAUUACUUCCGUGACAGGUCCGUCCAGUCCAUUUCCAGCUCUGUAGAUGUUUACCCAAGUCACGGAAGCAGCCAUGGGAGCAUUCAUGGGAAAAUGCGCUCCCCGCCGGCUCCGAUGGAUCAGAGCGACAACACAGAGUCUCUGGGAGAAGAGCAGUGCUGAGAGGACGUGUACUUGGUACUGCAAUGGUGGCCUUGCUCGGACCGGAGGAUUCUGAAUACUGAAGAACUGGGUUGCGAGGGCUUGAAAUGUUAAAUUCCCUUUUUAAUACGUAUUAUAAUGGUGAAAAUGGACAUGAGAAGCAGUACUGAAUGAGGUGUGCAGGAGCCUUAGCGGACAUAAAAAUAAGUUAUUGUAAAUAAAAUCAUGUGGAAAAGGAAUGUUUUUAUUUCUUCCUAUACAGGCAGGUGGGAAAACCAAACGACUUACACUGCCAUGAAGACUGAGUGGUGCACGCUGCUAAAACCAUAUCAAAGCAUCUGUCUGUCCUUCGCCCUGACAGCUAGACAUGCUCCUGAGAAUUUACUGGUCUUACGCAGUACGUGAAAUGCCCUCCUCCCUUGGUGAGAUCUGCUUGAAUAUGCCUUCAUGUCACAAACAGCAGAGUAGAGUACAUUUAAAUCUGGUCUUCAAUACAGCUGCAGCUGAACACAGGAGAAAAACAGCACAUUUCAGUUGCAACAUCCACUAGGUAUACGAGGUUACAGCCACUUGGAUUUUGCCUAUAUCUGUCUUUUGUCAUGCAUUACUGGCUUGAUUAGCAACAGUCAGUGACAAGAUUAUAAACCCUGGCCCCAAAUCAUUUUUUAUUUAUUUUUGUGAACAUGUUAUUAAUAUACAUACAGUACAAUGAACGGAGUUAUAUCUAUGAAUGAAUGUACUAAAUUGUAUAUUUAUCUAUGUAUGCACUAUAAUCCUGUCUUUUUCAUUUGAUAAAAGAGGUAAAAAAUUGUCAUCUUUAAUUUUUUUCAAGUUUGUUUUUAGACUAGAUAUAGGAAACUAAGCACAACUGUUCUUUAUUCUUUGGAAACACACUAAAUCAUUUUAUACCGCCACACAAAAAUGAAGUGUUUAGUUUUGUGGGAAAAAAACACGAACAAUGUUUCAUUCUAUAUAAAUAAUAGAAGCCUCUUACGUUUUCAACUUAUUUCAUAUCUUGAAUAUCUGCCAUUUUAUUUUAUUUGAUAUU